ACAGAAGCUGGAAGAAGAAUCUGGACAUGGAAAUUCUCCUCUCACAACUCUCUUCUCCUUUCUAUAAAUGCACCGAUCAACCCACCUCUUCGCCAUCGAACCAGAAGAUAGUAAGCUAAAUCUUCAAUACAUUUAUUUCAAGGUUUUCUCAAGCUCAAACCUAGCUCUUUAACGAUGUCGCUGAUUCCAAGCUUCUUCGGCAACCGAAGCAGCGUCUGCGAUCCCUUCUCCCUCGACGUUUGGGACCCGUUUUGGAAUUUCCCUUCCCGUUCGUCGUCUCUUUCUCGCGAGAGUUCCGCAAUCGUUGACACGCGUGUGGACUGGAAGGAGACCCCGGAGGCGCACGUGUUCAAGGCGGAUCUCCCGGGGAUGAAGAAGGAGGAGGUGAAAGUGGAGGUGGAAGAUAACAGGGUGCUGAAGAUCAGCGGGGAGAGACACGUGGAGGAGGAGGAAAAGAAGGAGACAUGGCACCGUGUGGAACGUAGCAGCGGGAAGUUCUCAAGGUGGUUCAGGUUGCCGGAGAACGUGAAGAUGGAAGAGGUGAAGGCUUCAAUGGAGAAUGGGGUGCUCACUGUUACGGUGCCUAAAGCGGAGGUGAAGAAGCCUGACGUUAAGGCCAUCGAGAUUUCUGGCUGAAAGUUUCAAAUCCAAGAUUGUCGUCUUGGUCAUCUCUUCUGCAACAGGUGUUUGUUGAUGCUUUUGUCUGCUAGAUGUUUGACAAUAUGCCACCUUUGUGUUAUUGUUUUUAAGAUGUUGGAUAAAAUACAAGAUUGUUAGUGUCUCUCCUGUGGGUUUUUGGAUUUUGUAAUGAUAAUACAGAAUUGAUGUUCUAAUAAUAAGAAAGUAAUACAAAUAAUAAAAUUAUUUUCUGCUUCA